ACAGAAAAUGGAGGUCAGAUCUUAAUGGGCCAGGAAAAUAAUGGGCCGACGAAAGGCGUGUUGAAAUUGUAGGCUCAAAGCCUGUUGGGCAUAUCUUACCCAAGUUAUAGACCGAUUGUUAUUACGACAAUUACGACCCUCCAUUUCUUUCGCCGCCACUCAACGGCGGAGCUGGCGACGGUAUCAGCACCCUUUGGACAUUAGGCGGGAAAAGCAAUGGCUGUGAGUGCUUCCGUGGCGAUUUCAACCUCAUUUUGAAGACAACGGACUAGCUUCAUUUGCAGUGCGCAGCUUCUCUCUUGUUGCCGUCGAGUUCCGACUGCACGAGAGUAAUCACCAAGCGUCCAACUUCCAGUGUUGAGAGCAGAUAGAAACUGCGAAGUUUUGAAGAAGUUGUUUUAUGGCAUAGAGUUUCGCGUUCUUUGGUUCCUAUAUCCUCUGUACUCACUUUGGCGAAGCUUGGGGGGCUACUGUUGUUGACAACUAGAUAUUAGGGAAUUUCAUGAAUUGGGUUUUUGGCAUUCUAUGGUUUUUAGCUUCACUUUUCUGAGGGGAAGUUUUGUUUUCAGACGAGGUUUUCGUACGGGUAAGAAGCUUUUAAGUCCAAGCACUGAGGAUAUCAUUUAUAAAGCAAUUUGUGUUAAUUUAAAACAGAGAAGAUGGAAGUUCUUAGAGCAAGUAUCACCAAGUCUCACGAAUUCGUUGGUCUGUCGUGUUGUUCGCGAGUUUCGCAACUCUCCACAGUUAGCUUUAGAAUUCUACAACUGGGUUGAGGCAAGAGACAACUUUUCGCACUCAUUAGAAUCAUGUUGUACCUUAGUUCACGUUUUAGUCAAUUCCAGAAAUUUUAAUGAUGCCUUGUCUAUCAUGGAGAGUUUAAUGCUUAAAAAUGGUAAGUCUCCAUUGGAGGUUCUGGGAGGAUUGAUGAAUAGCUACGAAAUUUGUAAUUCAAAUCCUGCAGUCUUUGAUGCACUGGUGAGGACUUGCACUCAGUUGAAGAGUGUGGAAGGUGCAUAUGACGUAAUAAGAAAGUUGAGACUAGAAGGUUUUUGGGUUACGAUUCAUGCUUGGAAUAACUUCUUAAAUCUACUUUUAAAGUUGGGCGAGACUGAUAAGUUUUGGAACAUGUAUAUGGAAAUGGUUGCCAGUGGUUACAGUGAAAAUGUGAAUACUUUUAAUUUGAUUAUUUAUGCUUUAUGCAAGGAAUGUAAAUUACUAGAAGCAAUUUCUGUUGUUUAUCUGAUGCUGAAGAUUGAAAUUUGGCCUAAUGUCGUUAGUUUUAAUAUGAUCAUUGAUAAAGCAAGUAAAAUGGGUGAGAUGGAUCUUGCUCUGAAGCUGACAAGGAACACUGAGGUGAUUUCAGGAGGCAGUGUUUCGCCUAAUAUAGUUACCUAUAAUUGUAUCAUUAAUGGAUUCUGCAAGAUAAGGAGGUUAGAGUCUGCAAAAAAUGUUCUUGCUGAAAUGAUUAAGCUGGGAAUAGAUUUCAAUGAGAGAACAUAUGCCCCUUUGAUUGACGGAUAUGCUAGAAAAGGGAGUUUGGAUGUGGCGUUUAGGUUAUGUGAUGAAAUGGUUGAAAUGAGGUUGAUUCCAGACACUGUUGUAUAUAACUCCCUCAUCUACUGGCUAUACAUAGAAGGAGAAUUAGAAGAAGCUUCUUUUUUAUUAUCUGACAUGAUUAAUAGGCGUAUCCUCCCUGAUGAGUUUACCUACUCCAUCCUUACAAAAGGUCUUUGCCUAAGUGGACAUCUCAAUAAAGCUUUAAGAGUUCAUUACUACAUUGUCGAAAGAAACCUUGUUAAAGAUGCAUAUACUCAUAAUAUUCUUAUCAACUAUAUGUUCCAGAGCCGGAAUAUAGCAGGUGCCAAGCAACUACUGAGCAGUAUGAUCGUUCGUGGUAUCAAACCUGACAUGGUUACUUAUGGCACUCUUGUUGAUGGGCAUUGUAAGGAAGGAAAAAUUGAAGCUGCUGUUCAGAUUUAUGACAAAACAGUAAAGGCAGAUGGGAAAUCCAACUUGGUGGUAUAUAAUUCUAUUUUAGAUGGUUUGUGCAAGAAAGGUUCAAUUGAUGCUGCUAGACUCUUGGUAGACAAAUUACAGCAAAAUGGUUUUCUCGAUUCAGUUACCUAUAACACAUUACUACAUGGAUUCUGCGUCAAUGGGGAGGUCGAGAAGGCUUUUGCACUGUUUUUAGAGAUGAUUAAUGUGGGGAGUUUGGUGAACAUAGUUUCUUACAAUAUAAUGAUUAACUUUCUAUGCAAGAUGGGAUUGAUCCAACAAGCCAUGGAACUGAUGAGAGCAAUGGCUAGCCAGGGGAUCAUUCCCGACCUUAUAACAUACACGACUCUCAUCACCAAUUUUGUUAAGAGUUAUGGCUCGGACAAUGUAAUUGAGUUACAUGAUUAUAUGGUGCUUAAAGGAGCAGUUCCUGAUAGGCAAACAUACCAGUCUCUUGUGAGCCCCUGCCUUCAAGAGCACACUGAGGGGUAGCCGCCUAUAGCACGAUUGGAACAUACCUACAGAUUGCAGGAGUAGGAUGAAGGAUUCUAGCAAAGAUACCUUACAAUCUCAAUCGAACAGGAAAUUUUACAUUUUUUUGCUUCAGAACGAACUGUAUCAUAUAACAAAUGCUAUUGUUCCCCCCAGUAUUGUUAAAAGGAUCAAAUGUAAAUUAUUACUUGUAAAUUUUACUUUGUCAGUUGUAAAUUCAUUUGUCUUUUCAAGUAGAAAAAAUAUAUUUGUUGUUCUAAUUA